AUGAGCGCCGCGGCUGCCGCGGCGGGGCCCGGCGCCGCAGCUGCCGCCGGCGGAGCCGCUGCUGCGUCUGCCGCCGCCGCCAACGCCGCACCCAGCGGCCCGGCUUCCCUUACCGAAUGCCGCGCCGUGGGGAUUCUGGAUCGGCCCGAGCACAUCGGCGGGCUUGCCAACCUGCUGCGGUCGCUCUGCUCGUCGUACUGCACACAUGCUGUACACAUGGUGGUGCUGCGGAUGCCGUUGCCUCCUCAGCCUGGUGCCCCGCCCGGCGGCACGAGCGCGCUGCUGCGGCUGAGUCGGCGGCUGCCGGGCAGCGGGUUGCUGACCCCCCAGGGAGGAGCAGCUCGAGGACCGCAACACCCGUUUCUGGAGGACCCCCCCGAGCGGUGGGAGGUUCGUCACGAGGGUCCCCCGCUGCAGGGCCCCGCACUCAACACCCUACCGGCGGCCAUGAGGGAGGUGCUGGACACCGCCUGCUUCGGAUCAGGGACACUGGAGUUCUGGAAGGCGCUGGGCGGUAAAUUGGAGUACGAGAUGUACCGCGAAGGCAACGAGUACAGCAUCAUAUUCCACGGCCAUGAGAUCAAGGUGGUCCUGGCCUCCGUCUACGCGCUGGCGGAGCCGCACGUGCUCAAGGACGCCUCCAGUCUGAAGCGAGUGGCUCCGGGGUCCAGCGGCAGCGGCAACCUGGUGGUGGAGGUGUCGCUGCUGGUGGCGGAGGGGAGGCAUUACGAGGGGGCCAACCUGCUGGGGGCGUUUGGGGCCCAGCUGGCGCCGUACGUCAGGCUCAUACGGGCGGAGGUCCCGCCGGCGGCGGCAGCGGCGGCGGCUGCCGCAGCUGCUGCAAGUCGCAGGAAAUAG